AUGCUUGAUAAACUUAUCGGAGGGCACGGGUUCGGCCACAAGGAGCACAGAAGCAGCGGCUUCGGCUUCCAGGAGCACAAGGAGUUUGCGUCUCAUGAGGAGUCACAAGGAGGCUUCUUUGACCGCCAGAACAACUUCGGCCAUAUGAGGCUUCCGGCCAACCACGGCCGUCCACCAAUGGCACGCAUGCCUGUCUGUGAUGAAGAAGACUCAGACUCAGACGUGGAGGAUUAUGUUAGACAUAUAUUCUUCCAAAGGUGUCUUAAACCAUUCCCCCCCCCCCCCCCCAAGAACAUGGCAUGA